UGUGAUGGAAAUGUGAGUGUGCUCGGGAUGCGAUGUCUAUGGUCAGCAACUUGAGGUACUGAUACGCGUUGGAACAGGCUGUGUUACUUCGUCGUCAUCGAUUGUUCUCAAUAUGCGGCGGCAUUGAUAGUGGUUAGAGGGAGGAAUAGGCUUUUCUGAUUACUGGAGCAUGUUAACCAGUAGAAGCUGGAAUCGGAGCUAGAGGACAACGAGGACAAGGAUCCGCCGAAGAGAUUGCUCAGUAUUCAUGGUACUUUUGUGAUAAAUUUUCUGCAAAGACUCAGUAUGACAUUGCGGGGUCGUCAACGAACUGAGAUCGUGAGAAGUUGCUAGAGUAGUAAACAUGGGGACAUUAGAUAAAGCUUUGGCUGAGAAGCUGUCAGGUCUGUCAGUAGGGACAGAUUUCAUUCCUGACACAGAUGUGGUAAAAGAUUCUGGAUCAAAUCGAAGGAUAGGCGGGAUGCAUCUUGAGGCAGACUUCGGUGGAGAGCAAGACUGUGGCAUUGAUUCCAGGGGAGCGAUGUCGGGGGUAGAAAGUUCUUGCGAGGAAGUGGAGCAAGAGUUAACAGAAAAUUCAUAUCAACCAUCUUGCUCCAACUCGAUGUUGCAGGAAAGGCAGGAAGAGGAAGCUGCUCUCUAUACUGAACACUCCGAUGGCCCUCCAGACGGGUUUCUCUCCAUCUUACCAUACGCAGAUUUGAAAUCUCUUCUCACGCUCGAGAGGGUAAGCAAGCAAAUGCGCAUCGCAGUGAAUGAUGUUCUCGUGUGGAGGAAGUUAGAGGUUGAACCCCCUCUAAACAGGGCCCUUACAGAUGACAUUCUUAUGACCCUUGUCAAGAGGGCAGGUGGAUUACUGAAGAGUAUGAGACUCGUCACAUGUUUAGGGAUCACUGAUGAAGGAUUAGCCAAUGCGCUAUCACUCUGUCCCCAGCUUGAGAAGCUGGAGGUCCCCGGAUGUACAGGGCUCAAUAUUGAUGCCCUUGUGCAUACGGUGGAGCAGCAAUGUGCAAUGAGUCGUUCGAAAGGGAUGUGCGGUAUCAAACAGUUGCGAAUCCGUGGAAUUCUUGAAAUCCAUGAGCAGAGUCUGUUUGCUCUGAGAGAUAUGAUGUUGAGCAGAAACGGACACCAGUUACCAAUCACUUGGCCUGCUUACCUGUCCUCAACUACCAUUGAUGACGAUCGAGCUAUCGAUGUUGAGAUGUGUCCCAGAUGCGACUCUCAAUAUGCGACGGUUGUGUUCGACUGUACGAGGAAAAGUUGUCAGAAUGCAGCAAGGGUUGACCCCAGCAAAGCUUGCCGGGGUUGUUUCAUGUGUUUGCCGAGAUGUAGUGGGUGCGGUACUUGCUGUCUGGAAGACGAGGAUUUUGAGAGUACGUGCUGCAUAUGGGAUGUUUGUUUCAGCUGCUGGGCGCAGUCCCCCAAAUGCGCAGAAUGUAACACCGCCUUUUGCUGGAAGCACAAGAGGGAUUACAUGGAGGGGACCAUUCAUAGCGCCUUGUCGGGGAUAUGUGAUAGGUGCGCACAAGAGGGAUUUCAUGGUGGGAACCAUUCGUAGCGCCUAGUCGGGGGUAUGUGAGAGGUGCGCAAAUAGUUUGGAAAUAUCCCUUUUGGAAACAUCCUUUGAUGACUACUAGACGAAUUGUAGCAUUGCUAGAGUUGAAAAAACUUCCUUGUAGUCCACAUCUUUCUCAUGUGGGAAACCUCUAACCACCGACCUGGAUUUGAAUUUUUAUCUCAUCAUCUGUUGGAUUAUCCUUUAGCUGGUACGUCCACUUGCAAUCGAUUAACGCUGUAACCUAACUGCAGUCGCAUGCAACCGCAAAUCGGCUACGGCCAGGACAAGUGGUUACUGCGUCCUAUCCAGCCUAGGAAAUUCAAAAAUAAAAUCUCCAUGAAACUUAUAUAAAUUAAUUAAACGUAUCAUAGUUUAUUGUACAUUUACGUUCUAGUAUUGAAGAAAUCAUCUUGGAAAUGAUUUUUAUAGAAAAGGAGAGUAUAAUUAUAUGAAACUUGUGCGUGAAUUCAGAUUUAUAGAUAAAAGGCCCUCGUUCAAGUGCGCGAGUGUCAUCGAGAAUUUUGAGUCGUUUGAUGACGACAAGAAGAAAAUAUCCCAUGAUUUGAGCAACAGUAAUCUGUAGUAUCAAGUGAUUUCGUUUACACCUAAGACUCGGCCAUUGAGUAAUAAACUAUGACAGC